UGUUUUUUUAAUUUUACAUUAACGUUAAACUUUUAGAAUAGUUUCAUUGCGAGCGUAUUUAUUUAUUAAGCAAAGAAAGACUAAAUGAAAAUCGAAUUUACAGAGAAAAAAUUAUUUUUUGAGUCUUAGAAUUUUGUUUAAAUUUUUAAUGUAGAUGGGGUAUGAGUAAAUAAGCUAUGUUGUCCAUUAAACACGUAGCACCGAGGAGGCUGGACUUUUCGUCAACUAGAGUUGUUGUGCGUUCGAAGAACAGACAACAAAUGCAUGAUGGAUACGUUGGAUAUUCAGAAUUGCACCACGGAGCGAAAUUUCACCUCUUCAUUGAGUUUGGUUUCAAAUAUGUCAGGAGAUUUUGAACAUAUCGAGCGCGAGAUGACGCGCGCGGAAAAGAAAACCAGCCGACCGAAAAAGAUGUUUCGAUCAUUCAUUUCACCUUUUUCGUAUCUAAAACGCAGUUGUUUUGAAAAGAAAGAACUUGAAACCUCCGAAAUCUCAUUAGAUACUCCAAAACCGACGGUGGACGAACCUUGCGUGAGUAAUCUUAUUGUUCUUGGCAUAGAUGGUUUAGUGAGAGAAACUAAUUUCACAAGAGAGGAGUUACAGAGAAUGUAUCGUGGCUUUAAAACGGAGUGUCCAUCAGGAUUUAUUGAUCUGGAAACAUUUCUCUGCAUUCAUAGCAUGCUGUUUCCAGGAAGCGACCCCGCUUUGUAUGGGAAUCGUUUAUUUAAUUCGUUUGAUAAACAAAAAUCUGGAAAACUAUCUUUCGAGGGUUUUGUGUUAGCUUUGUCUCGGUGUUUGCACGGCACUUACGAAGAUAAACUCCGCUGGGCAUUCUCUUUGUAUGAUCUUGAUGAGGACGGUUUUCUCGACAGAGAGGAUCUUCAGUUCAUAUUAAAAGGUAUAUUUGGUUUAUCGAAAUACGUCGAGGAAGGCGAUGAUGAAAAUAUCAUUGCACGUGUGGAGAAACUAUUUAUGUCUAUGGAUUUAAAUAACGAUGGCAAAAUAUCUGAGCACGAGUUUGUCUCCUGCUGUUUAAAGAAUAAGCAACUGUUAAAAACAUUGUGCGAAUAUGAUGAAGAUGAUGAUAUAGAGAACACUACAUUUAAUCAACGUCAUCUAAGUUUGUCCGACGACGACUACGCAGAUGCAUCGUCGUCGUCAUAGAAACGUGUCACUUGUGAUGAAAACUGGCGUGAAGAUUGGGUUUUGCGUCGCCUUCUGAGAGUUGGAAAGACUUGUUCUGUACCACAACCUUCUUCUCAGGGCUCUUUUUCAGCUUUUGAUAUUGGGAUGACGUUCAUGAAAGAAGGCCAUCUCAAUAUCAAGAAGUGAAAAAGAGCCCUGGGAACGAGGUUGCUGUACCCACUAAUUGGUGAACAAGAAAAAAUUAACGAACGAAUACGGAAGGAAAACAACAAUGUGGUCAAAAAAUGAAGCUUUAAAAUGAAAAGAACUAAAUUUCGCGGAUGAGUAGGUUUAUUUUUGAUAUUCGCAAAAAUUUCAUGG